AUGAACCGUACAAGCUUCAAAGUGAUGAUGGUUACUGUGAUAGUAGUGACGGCAAUUUUACUGGUGGUUUGGCGACGCCAUACUUCUUCAGCGACUGUUCCGGUAAAAGACACGAACACUCUUAAUGAAGAACUUGAUAAAAAUAUUCCAAAGGAAAUUUAUACAUGCGUGAAGAAUUCGACAGAAAGGUUUGUGUUCAACUUUGAUACGGACUUUUAUCUACUACCAAGCAAAGCCGAGAUGUGUGCCAUGACGAUAGAGGACUUGGAAAAACUUUAUCAAAUGUACCUAAACACAAUCCAGGUGAUCUGCCGUAGACCUAUCCGACUCGGGAACAGGAAUGAUGGAGGGUGGGAUCUGUGUGCUGAUAAACAAUUUCUGAUACCUGGUAAAUGUCGGGUAUACUCGUUUGGAAUUAAUUAUGACUUCACAUUUGAUGAUGCAGUGGCUGAAGAGUUUAAUUGUGAAGUCCAUUCCUUUGAUCCCAGUAUGGAACAGAAAAGCUACAAGAGGAGAUCUGAACCUCUUGUGUACUUCCACGACAUCGGUAUUGCUAGAAAGUCUGGUACAAUAUGGAGAGGCAAAGCAUGGCAGAUGUUAAACCUGAAGGAUAUGAUGGCAGAACUAGGACACAAAAAUAUUCCAGAUGUUAUUAAGUUAGACAUUGAAUUCUGGGAAUGGGACGUCUUACCCGAUAUUCUGAGAUCUAGACAACUGCCCAAACAACUUGCAAUAGAGUUUCAUCUUUGGAGUGCAGAGUAUACUAUUAGUAAAACGUUCUGGCUUCAUCGCUUGUGGAUCCUUAAAGAAUUAUAUGAUUCUGGUUAUAGGACUUUCUGGCAGAACAGAAACUUGCCAUGUACAUUCAAAUCAAAAGUAACUUCAAAUUACAUAUAUGCUUGUCUUGAGGUUUCUUACGUAAGAAUUGAGCAAGACAUUAGAAUUAGUGACACGUGUUGGCGAUCCGGCCAAAGUAAUCACGAUAGCAAUUUUAAAGAAUGUAAGCUGAAAGAUAACCUAAGUACCAUACAAACCGUAUGUAAAACCCCACGGAGGUUCGGAAAGAUUACGGAUAGUGGAUGGGAUAUAUGUGUUGAACCAAAGUAUCUCCCGAGAAAUAAAUGUCUGGUGUACUCUUUUGGUAUUGCUAAUGAUUUUCCUUUCGAUGACGACAUUGCUCGUUAUUACAACUGUGAGGUUCAUUCCUUUGAUCCAAG